UUUAAAUUAUUUUCAUGUUCUAAGCAGGGAAUACUAAAUAAUCAUAUUUCUACACAAUUGUGAAAUUCCAUUCAAAAAAAGCAACAGUAAUGGCAAACACAGCAAUGCAAGCUUUCGGUUGGGUACUUGGACUUCUAGCAUGGGGAGCGACCAUAGCAAUGCUGUUGUCGGAACAAUGGCGGACAUCGUCUAUACUGGGAGAUUCAGCGGCUGCUAUUGAUAUUCAGGGUCGACACGACGGCUUAUGGGCAACAUGUACGAAGUAUCCAAGCGGAGAAACUCAUUGCACGUUCUUUGGAACUGAGAUCGGAGAAGUUCUGGGCGUGAUUAUCGGCUGCCGGGCUCUCCUUAUCAUAGCAAUUAUAUUCGGAAUCAUAGCUGCAUUGAUCAUCGUGUUCUCUUUCAAAUGUUCGAAGCACGGACCACAAGAACAGGAGAAGAAAGCUCAGAUCGGGAAAUACGGCGGAAGCGUGUACCUGGCUUGCGGAGUCUGCGUAACCGUGGCAGCAGCGUGGUACAUCACUGAUGUCUACAUGACAAUAACGUUGCCAGAUCCUAAAGGCCGACCAAUGAAAUGGAUAACGGGAGAAAGCGUUCAGAUGGCAUUGGCUGCCGGCAUCCUCUGGUUGAUUGGAUCUGUGUUCGUGUUACUGGGAUCCCGAACGUCUCGUCGCGACAUCAUGAUGUACGAACACAAAACUCCCCUGCAUCAAGAAUAUAUUUAAACAUUCUAAAAAGCAUAUGACGUCACUGAUGACGUACCAGACUAAAAUUUUUUGAAUAUGUAUCUCAUCCAAAUGAUUUGACGUAACUCUGUGGUUUCCAAACCUUUUGCUACAUUCCUCCAUUUUCUUUUGGUCCGUGAAAUACGUUAAUUUUACAAUACAGUUAAAUUUUAUUCCCUUAAAAUUUCUCUCUUGAGUGUACUCUCUCUCCGGUUGGAAUACUCUGAAACUAAACGAAUAUGUUUAAUGUAAUAUAUUUUAUUUGCUUGAAUAUAUUGCUAAAUGGUGAA